AUGAACUCUCCUCUGGGAUCACCGAGGCUCAUGUCCUCAGCCAGCCCCUUCCGCAACAAGGUGCCCACACAGAUGAGACGAUGUCUGCCUCUCUACCUCGCCAUCGUCGGUGUCUUCCUCCUCAUUGUCAACUUCGAUUGGGUCUUGGCCAUCCCCAAUCCCACCGCCGUCCUUCGCCGCCAACCAAAAGCCCCUGCUGUGCCCGGCAGCACAUUUCCGCAAAAGAUUUGGCAAACAUGGAAAGUUGACCCUCUCAACUUUGAAGAGCGUGACCUCUUGACGGCGCAGACAUGGACUCAGAAGAAUCCAAGCAUGCGAUACGAGGUCAUCACCGAUGCCAACGAAAUGGCAUACAUCGAGGACCGGUAUGGCCCGCAUGGCUACAACCGCCCAGACAUUGUCAAGUUCUACAAGAGCAUCAAUCUCCCCAUUAUCAAGGCCGAUCUUCUGCGAUACAUGGUCAUGUAUGCCGAAGGCGGUAUUUACGCCGACAUUGACGUCGAAACUAUGAAGCCUUUCCACCGCUUCAUCCCAGAUCGCUACGACGAAAAGGACAUUGACCUGAUUAUCGGCAUUGAGAUUGAUCAGCCCGAGUUCAAAGACCACCCCAUCUUGGGAAAGAAGUCCAUGUCUUUCUGCCAAUGGACAUUUAUUGCGCGCCCUGAGCAGCCCGUCAUGAUGCGCUUAAUCGAAAACAUCAUGAAGUGGUUCAAGGCCGUUGCCAGAGAGCAGGGCGUGGCCUUGGGCGAAGUGCAGCUCGACUUUGACCAAGUCAUCAGCGGCACCGGCCCUUCUGCAUUCACCACCGCCAUGCUCGAGGAGAUGAACCACAAGACAAAGGGACCCAAGGUGACCUGGGACCAGUUCCAUAACAUGGACGAGUCCAAGCUGGUGGGCGGCAUCCUCGUCCUUACCGUCGAGGCCUUUUGCGCCGGACAAGGCCACUCUGAUUCCGGCAACCAUAAUGCUCGCAACGCCCUCGUCAAGCACCACUUCCACGCGUCCAACUGGCCCAGCCGCCACCCCCGAUUCAAGCACCCUGCCUACGGCCAGGUCGAAGACUGCAACUGGGAUUCCGAAUGCGUUCGCAGGUGGGACGAGAACAUUGCCAACUGGGGCCACUACUCGGAGAAUGAGCAGAGCCAGAUCAUCCAAGACGUGGAGAACAAGCGGAUUGAAGCAGAGAAUGCACGAUUGGAGCAGGAGCGGCAGCUACAGCUAUUAGCACAGCUGCCAUAA